AUGAAUUUUCGAACAGAAAAGUCUUUGGUUGUCUCCGAGCAAACAAAUUAGAAUUAAGACAAAAAAGAACAAAAGAUUUACCAAUGGGAUUAGGAAAAGUAUAAGCUUGUUAAAAUUAAUAUUCAAAUUUAUUUUACUUAGGAACAAAAAAUAGUAUAUUUGAAAGAUAAUUUAAUUUUGAGGAUGUAAGUAUUAUUCACUAGUUAUAAAGCGAAUAAAUUUAUGAUACCUCCAAAGAUAUAGAAAUCUUAAAUAAUAUGGAACAAAUUCAAUUUCUUUAUUGGUCAGGAUAAUAUGGAUUGAAAAACAAGAAAUAGGGAAAAUGGAUGGCUUCUUGGGAUGGAAAAGUUCUCAUAAAUAUUGGUGGAUACUAUAGAGAUGGAUUGAAGUAAGGUUUAUGGAAAGAACUUAUCAAAAAUUAUUGGAGGUAAAUUAUUUAGAUUUAUUAAUAAUUAUAGUCGAGCUACAGUUUUUGAAACAGGAGAGUACCAUAAUGACCUUAGAAUAGGUAAAUGGAAUUAUGGUUUCUAAAAAAAUAAGAUGUUGGUUAUAUUAAUAAUUAUUAAGUGAUGGCGAAUUUUAAAAUAGCGAUGGUGGGUUCUACAAUAGGGUAGGAUAGAAAAAAGGCAAAUGGGUUGAGUUGGAUGAAGGAUUUUUUAUUUUAAAAAAAAUCACUCAUCAUGGUGAAUAUAAUAAAAUGGGUUAUAAGGUAGGAAGAUGGGACAUUGUAUUUAGGGAAAAAUUAAUGUAAUAUAAACAUGAUAAUAAUAUGAUAGUGGUGGCGGAUAAUACGAUUAAGAGGAAUAUUAGAAGAAAAUUGGGAAGUGGAUUGAGAUAGAUGAAGAGUUUAGAGAUGAUAAAUAAAUCACAUAUAUUGGGGAAUAUAAUAUAAAAGGUAUGAAAAUAGGCAGGUGGGAAAUUAUAUUCAAAGAGUUAUAAAUGUAAUGUUUAAUUUAAUAAUUUGUUAGUGGUGGCGGAUCAUAUGAUUAAGCGGGUUUAAAGAUUGGAAAGUGGGUUGAAUUAUGGGAAGGCUUUUAGUACAGUGCUUAGGUUAUUUGUAAUGGAGAAUAUAAUAUGAAUGGCUUACAAAUAGGUAGAUGGGAUAUUAGUUAUUGUGAUGUGGAUGGUGAUGGGAAAUAUCAAUAUCUGUAAAUAUUGAAUUAAUAUUUGUAAGUGGAGGUGGAUCAUAUGAUUAAAAGGGUUUGAAUAAAAUUGGAAAGUGGGUAGAAUUAUGGGGAGGGUUUCAUAAUUUGGCUUAAGUGACUUAUCAAGGUGAAUAUAAUAUAAAGGGUAUGAAGGUUGGUCAAUGGGAUAUUAUGUAUUGUGAAGUUAGAGAUGGAAAAUAUAAAAAAAUGUAAAUAUUAUAAGUAUAAUAAAAUAUUCUAGUGGAGGGGGAUUAUAUGAUUAAAAGGAAGGUUAAAAAAAGAUUGGAAAAUGGAUAGAAUUGGAUGAAGGAUUUAAGGAUGGCAGAUAAAUCACUCAUAAUGGUGAAUAUAAUAUGAUAGGUAAGAAAGUUGGGGCAUGGAUUAAAAUGGGUACAAAUUAUGGAAAACAUAUUUAUGAAUAUUUAAAAUAUAAGAAAUGA